GUCACCUGGAUAUUGUGAACGCCUCGAUGUCGACACUGCACUGAACACGGUAAACUCCUGAUAUUUGAUGUGACCGCGUCAUAACAGAAUUAUGUGCCCGGCCUACCACCUGACCUGACCACUACAAUUGUCGACAUCAUCGCACUGCCAAUGUAUCAUGUACCCGAGUUUGGGCCGCCGGCUGUUGUUGGUUGGCCGAAUGAUCCACGGCUUCAUUAACUGGGCAGGGCGGUGAAUGACUUGGGAGGAUGUUUAAAAACACGGGAAUGCUCUCUUGUGUUCCCUCACUGGCAGGUUUCAGUCGGGCUUUCAGUCCUCUCUUCUCUUUCCUUAUUUGUGCGCUGGUUGCACUUCCUCUCCACAUCCGCGACUCGCAUUAUCAUUCACUUGCACUACCACUCGAUUCGCCUCAAACAUGCGCGCUUUCACGGCUGUUGUCGUCGCUACCUUGUUCGCGUCUCAGGCUUUGGCGGCCCCUGGAAUGUAAAUCUACGCAAAAUAAUGUUUUACACGGAGUCUCACUAGCACAUUUAUUAGUCACCCUCGCGACGUCGAUGCCCAAAAUGAGGAGCUGUCUAGCCGCGACGAGCAUGGCGAGGAUCCCGUCCGCCGUCAACCUUUUCUUCCUCAUAAUGUUUUUCAUGAUCUAUUGCAAUACCACGGCGCGAUGGUUUUCCUAGCGGUUCUCAGUUUUCCCUGGGCACUUUCAACUCUCACUUUCCACAUGCACAACCGUUUGGGGGCGCUUCUCAUCUACCGGUCCGCAAUGCGGAGC